AUGCUCUCACAGUCCUUCAUCUGGCUUGCAUUGGCACUAUCAGUGUCCUCACUCUGGGAUGGGAACCUCAACUAUCGCAGUCCAUCACUCAACCACGAUAGUCUUGGAAUCGAUGUACCAAAAGUGCAAAAACGAAUGUUGAGGAAACGAGAUGGUUCUACACCUCAUGCUGUCGGACAACUCAAUUUUACUCAUGGGGUUGCCUCUGGAGAUCCCUGGGCGGACUCUGUCAUCUUGUGGACACGAGUCUCACCUCAAUAUGAGGCCGAUAGAUCCAACGUGACGGUGGAGGGUAAUGUGCCGCUCUUCAAUCAUGACACAGAGCGAUAUAUUCAGAUGUCUUCUUCGCCGAUUUGUGUAAACUGGAAGGUUACGACGAGCCCCAACAUGGCAGGGGCAUCCGCUGCUGGUGGCCAAGUCUACACUACGUCAGACAUCGACUAUACCAUCAAGAUCGAGGCAAAGGGUUUGAAAGCCUAUACUACAUACUACUACCAGUUCACUGUCUGCAACUCUCAAAUAGCUAGUCCCAUUGGCCGCACAAAGACCUCGCCUACUGAAGACGACGCAACCACUGCACUCUCGUUCGCAGUCUUCAGCUGUAGUAACUAUCCAAAUGGCUACUUCAAUGUGUAUGGUAACGCGGCCAGGAAGGAUAACUUCGACUAUGCUCUCCAUUUAGGCGACUAUAUUUACGAAACAAGUCGUGGUGUCCUUGGUAGAGAUCCUCGCGCGAGCGCACCUGGACGCGAGAUAGUGACUCUUUACGACUAUCGAACUCGUAUCGCGCAGUACCGCUCAGAUCUCGACUUGAGGCUCAUACACCAGAAUCAUGCCUUUAUUACGGUAUGGGAUGACCACGAGAUCGCCAAUAACAACUACCGAGAUGGUAGCUCUGCAAUGAACAACACGGAGAACUCUUUCAAUAAGUACGACGGUGUCAGCUUUGACCAACGCAAGAUGAAUGCAGUACGUGCAUACUUUGAGUGGAUGCCACUGCGCCAGGCAGAUCUUGACGACAACCUACGAAUAUGGCGCAGCUUCAGAAUGGGCAAGCUAAUGGACUUGAUCAUGCUUGAUACUCGCUCGUAUGAUCGCAGCAUCACUAGCCUGGGCUGGAAUGACGAGUAUGUGUAUGAGAUCUCGAACGAUGCUGGACGUUCCUUGAUGGGUUCGAGGCAAGAAAACUGGUUCUACAACAAUCUUCUUGCAUCGAAAGAACGAGGUGCCACCUGGCGGAUUAUUGGCAAUCAGAUCAUCUUUAGUCGGAUCAACGAGACUUCCACUCUCGACGAGGAUGACCCGUACAUCCCUUUCCCUGUUGAUUCAUGGGAUGGCUACACAGCCAACAGAAACAGGACAUACCAGCAUUUGUACGACAACAUGAUCGGAAACAAUAUCAUGCUAGCAGGUGACUCACAUCAGAAUUGGGUAAGCGACAUGAUCUGGCUAGGCGAAGAGAAUUACGAUCCUGCUACUGGUGCUGGUAGCAUAGGUGUGGAAUUUGCUGGAACCGCUGUCAGCUCGUCAGGACCUGGAGGCAACCUGACCACAAACAUUCGUGGUUCGCGACGAAUUGUUGGGGACAACCAAGAACUCCAGUGGCAGGAGGGCUAUUAUCGAGGUUAUUUUGAGCUACACAUUGACGCUCAGAAGGUCGAGGCCCAGUUUUUCGGCAGUCCCUCAGUGGCCACCAGGAACCCCUACGAGGUGCCUCUUGCGAAUUUCACGGUCUAUGCUGGUGACAACCAUUUGGCGAGACCGGUGGCGGGAGGGAGAGUCGCGAGCGGCGCGCUUCAACGAGGUGAGAUAGUGAUGACGAACUUGACGCUUAAUACUGAGACUGGACAAUGGGGAUAUCAGGCGUCGCAGUUCAACCAGAUGUUCAUAAGCUAUCCUCCUAGCUAG